ACUGUGCACACCGAAAGAUUUCGAGGUUCAUCGCCGUUUGUUGGGCCAAGUAUAAAAGUACCGAUUGUCACUGAUGGUAACAUUCACAUUUCGGUACAGAUCCGAUAAAGUCGUCGCACAAUCGUUCUAAGUACAAUGACAGCUAAGUUUUUCGUAAUUUGCGCUUUGCUAGCCGUAGCUAACGCUGGCUAUGUUGGAGUGCCUACAUUGCAAUAUCAAAUCACACCGAUAGCACAGAUUCAAUCUCACGCUAUCACAUCAACAUCUGACAACAUAUUACGUAGCCAUGGCAAUUUGGCGCAAGUGGCCACGCAAACGAAGACUAUCGACACGCCGUUCUCCAGCUCGAGUAAAGCCGACAUUCGCGUGACCAAUCCAGCGGCUGUCACCUACGCGCACCUUGCUCAUCCGGCUACAUACGGCGCCGCUCCCGCCGCUCCAGCGGCCGCUCUUGGAGUUGCUUAUUCACCAGCUGUUGAGGUGUCCCAUAUGAGUUAUAGCAGCCCGAUCGGAAUCGCAUAUGCUUAUUGAAACAAAUUGUAUUUCCUAUAUCUCGUUAUGCAUAUCAAUAUAAUAUAAUAUUUAUUCCUGGUUAAAAUUUUGACACAUAUAUAACUGCUUAUGCGAUUAUAU